AAGCAGACUGCUUCUACAAAUGUGUGUGAAGGACUGUGCAAUAAGCCCAUCUGUGAAAUUUCCUUGCUACUAAAUAUUACACGGUCAACUGUUAGUGGUAUUAUAACAAAGUAGCAGCUGGGAACAACAGAAACUCAGCCACCAAGUGGUAGGGCACGUAAAAUGACAAAGCGGGGUCAGCGCAUGCUGAAGUGCAGAGUGCACAGAAGUCGCCAACUGUCUGCAGAGUCAAAAGCUAAAGACCUCCAAACUUUGUGUGGCCUUCAGAUUAGCACAACAGUGCAUAUUGAACUUCAUGGAAUGGGUUUCCAUGGCCGAGCAGCUGCAUCCAAGCCUUACAUCACCAAGUGCAAUGCAAAGUGUCAGAUGCAGUGGUGUAAAGCAAGCCGCCACUGGACUCUA